CUAGAUGGACGCUGCCCAGUGCUGCCAGUACGAGUAGGUUGCGGGCUCCGGGUCGCUGUUCGCCAUUGCUGUCUGUUCUGCCAUUAUCGUUUUGUUCGGCGGUCCGGUUUAUUAACAAGGUCUUAUUGAUAUUUGACAUUCGAACUGGCAACAAAAAAGUUAUAAAAAUGCAAUACAAUAGUGUGUAUAAUAAUCAGAACAAUCAUAUGUACAGACCACGUCCUGACUGCAACGAACAAUACGGUAAGCAGACAAACUGCUGGACUCCACAGAUGCCAAACGAUUUUGGAGGUCCUAAAAUGGAUUACAGUAACAAAGAUUUCGGUGGACCGAAAAGUUAUACCAAUAAAAGUCAGACGUUUAUGGCUGGGUUAAAAAAUGAUUUUGGUGGACCCAAACUGCAGAGUAUGAAAGCAAAAAAUCCAGGUGAAAGUCUCAAAAAACCAGAUUGGAGUCAAGCCAACAUGCAGCCGUUUAGGAAGAACUUCUAUGUACCACAUGCAAAGAAUAAAGACAGGACCAAGGAGGAAGUAGACAGAUACAGGGAGGAGAAAGAAAUCACAGUUAAUGGCAAUGAUGUACCGAAUCCAAAUCAAGAGUUUGAUGAAGGCAAUUUCCCAGAAUAUAUCAUGAGGGAGAUUCGAAAACAGAGUUUUGCUGAACCCACUGCGAUACAGUCACAAGGGUGGCCAAUUGCUUUGAGUGGACGGGAUAUGGUAGGAAUUGCACAAACUGGUUCUGGAAAGACACUGGCCUACAUGCUGCCCGCCGCUGUGCACAUCAGCAACCAAGAACGUCUUCAGAGAGGAGAUGGCCCCAUUGCAUUGGUACUUGCCCCCACUCGAGAAUUAGCUCAACAAAUUCAAACUGUUGCUCGUGACUUUGGUGCUUCAAAUUCAAUUCGCAACACUUGUAUUUUUGGAGGAUCUCCCAAAGGACCUCAAGCACGCGAUUUGGAAAGAGGUGUUGAAAUUGUCAUAGCCACACCCGGUCGACUGAUUGAUUUCUUAGAGCGUGGAACCACAAAUUUAAGAAGGUGUACUUAUCUGGUGCUUGAUGAAGCUGAUAGAAUGUUAGAUAUGGGUUUUGAACCUCAAAUUCGUAAAAUCAUUGAGCAAAUCAGGCCAGACAGACAAGUUUUGAUGUGGUCUGCAACUUGGCCAAAAGAAGUUCAAGCUUUGGCAGAAGACUUCCUAAAUGACUACAUACAAAUUAACAUCGGUUCACUGAAUCUUGCUGCUAAUCACAACAUCAGACAGAUAAUUGAGAUCUGUGAAGAGUCUCAGAAAGAACAAAAAUUGUCCAAUUUGUUAAGAGAAAUUAUGACAGAACGUACAAACAAGAUUAUAAUUUUUGUUGAAACCAAAAAGAAAGUAGAUGAUAUAACAAAAACAAUUAAAAGGGAGGGAUAUGCUGCAAUUUGUAUUCAUGGUGAUAAGUCACAAGGCGAGCGGGAUCAUGUGUUGAAUGAAUUCAGAUGUGGAAAGUCUUCAAUAUUGGUCGCUACAGAUGUUGCUGCUAGAGGUUUGGAUGUAGAAGAUGUGAAGUAUGUUUUGAACUACGAUUAUCCCAAUUCAUCUGAGGAUUACAUCCAUAGAAUUGGUCGUACAGGUCGUUGUGAUCAAUCAGGAACUGCUUACACCUUCUUCACUCCUGGUAACAGCAGACAAGCUCGUGAGUUGGUAGCUGUUCUUGAAGAGGCAGGACAAAGUGUACCUCCAACACUCAUGGAAAUGGCCCGCACAUCAUUCAAUGGAAAAGGUUCUUCAAACCAAACAAAAUCUAACUUUCACAAAAGGCAAUUGCCACAAUCGCAAACAAAUAAUUUUAAUUCGCCAGGGCGCAACCGAUGGCAGCAGAAUAAUAACCGUAACAAGGACAAUGGAGCCAUGAUGAUGGGAAAACCGAUGAACAACCAGUGGAUCAAUCCAAGUCAUCAGGAGUAUCAACCCAUGAGACCGGGAAGUGGUGCACCCAGGUUCAAUAAUCCAAUGGGAAACCACAUGCGCAAUCCACACAACGGAGGAGGAAUGGAGCAUAAUGGAUAUCAACCAAGAAAUAAUGGUUAUCAGAAGAGCUAUCACAACCAAAACAUGAAUGGAGCCGGUGGUUACCAGAGUAAUGGUUACCAAAGCAAUGGCUAUCAGAAUAAUGGACCAAGAAAUUAUGGAAAUCGUGGUUAUAAUCCAUCAGGAGGACCAAACCCACGCUACAACCGUAACCAAUCAAAUGGCCAAUCAAAUUCCCAAUUUGUAGCCAAUGGUGGUGCUUCAGUUCCUCAGGGCCAUGCCAGUCCACAGCCUGCAGCAGGCAUGUAUGGUAUGCUAGCACCCGCUCCUGGCGUCGGAGCUCAUCAUGGACAUCAUGCUUAUGUUAUGGGUGCUCCCGGAGCUCCAGGUGCUGGAAGUGAUGCAGGAAUUCAGAGCAUAUUAAGCAACAAAUUCUUCCAGACCGGUCGCGGUGCUCAGAGCAAUCCCUGUGCCUUCCAAUCAAUGGCACCUCCAUCAGUACCGUACGGUCAAUUUGCUCCUGUCCAGCAAGCGGCCUAUUACCACCAGUACACGGCUGCCCCUCCAACGGCCGCAGUUCAACAAUAAGCAAGACAAUUUGCUUAUUUCACAAACAAGAUAAGUGAAAUAGUACUAUAGAAAAACUAACAGCUAAUUAAUUGAUGACUUGACAGUAAAAUGGUUAUUCCUGGUGACAUUUACUUUUCAAACGGUAAUUUUAAUAAAAAAAAAACAAGGGCAGUUGCUGGUUGAAUGAAACUGAAAAUUAUAAUUAACAUUAAAUUAAAUAUCUUGAUGAGAUUUCAUAAAAGUCGUCAAGAUUUAAAUUAAAGAAAUUUGGAAGUUGAUAAUUAUUUCUAUCCAAGACAGAAGGCGGCAAAUGGUGGUCCAUCUGUGUGCCCCCAACCUACAACCUAAAUUAAGUUUAUAUGUAAUUUUUUGGAAAUCUUUUCUAGUGUUUAGUGAUGUUAUUUGUUCGUUAUCAAUAAAACAUUGCAACAAAAUCGUACCAAAGGCGCACGAUUUCAGUUUGUCAAUGUCGAUCGUUUCGGUUCAAUUUAAUAGUUUUCAUUCUACUUAUGUCAUCGUGCGCUUUUAUUGAGUUGUGUUUAGUCAUCAAACGAAAUUAGAUUUAUUUUUAGUUAGGACUGUCAUUUUUUCAAGAACUUAUUUUCACAUUCCGACAUUCUUUUUGCAAAAUCUCCAACUGUAGCUGUUUGUCAUAUUGAACAGAAGGAGGACGGCUUGAUUUAUUAUCUUUUUCGAAAAUCGAGCGUCGUCUUUGAAUAAUUACGUAUUUGUGUUUAAUUUUUGGUUUUGAUACAGAUUUCUUAGUGUGUAAGGGUAUAUAUAUUAUAAAUAUGAAAUUCAAAACUUAUUGUAUAUGUGUAGAAAUUUAGUUUGUGUGUUGUAUGCUGUUGAAAUGCACGAAACUAAUAGAAGGUGUAAAACGAGUAAUGUUUUCAUACAUAUAGCAGAUAAAUAAUUUAUUCAAAUGUUUCUACAAUAAUCUGCUGCGUACGAUUAUUAUAAUUUUAGAUCUAAGAUUUUUCUUUUAAAUCCUUUCCAAAAGAAAAAAACAGUUUUUAAUCGCUAACUGUAUUUGUGGUAGUCGAAAGCUUAUCAUUGCUAAGUUGAAGGUGAGAUAUUUUAUAUGUAUACCGCGCGAAUGCUGUGUAUAAGGGGGAUUUUUUGGGAUAAGGGGCUUGAGGGGUAACACCACAGUAACAGACUCGAAAAGUUAUUAUUGAGCAUUAAAUGAAAAAUUCGACAAGAUUAAUUGUUUUUAAACUUGUAAUCUUUUUAACAGUGCAUAUGUCUCUUUUUUCUUCCCAUUUAAUAGUUUCAUACUAGAGCAUCCUUAUUUUGGCUGUUAAAACCAUGUUUGGACUUGAAAAUUUAGACAAUUUGUAAAAUAUUAAUCUAAUAAUCUAUAAUAGUCUCUAAUUAAGUUUUGACUUAAUAAAUUUACAUAAAUGCUUAAUAAUGACUUAUUUUUGUGGAUUUGAGAGACUAGAAGCUAUCGUUUUUAUUUACAAUGAAACUUGUUAAUAUUAAUUUUUUUACUGUGGUGUUACCCCUUAAAUUUUCUCUAGCGAGUUGGUCGAUACAUAAGUUAAGUCGAAUCUGGCUCUAGUUUUUAAAUCGGUCGGAUCAAUGAUAAAUAAAUAAUAUGAAUGGUGUGUGUUGAGCAAAUUUUAUCAUUUUCAUAUAGAGUGCUGGCUGAGAUGUUUUUUAUUCGAGAGAAAAAUUCCAAAUUUCAUAGUAUUUAUAUAACUGUAAGGAUAAGAUCAUUUUAUCCAUGUUUAAUUUUAAAUUGAAGAUAAUUUAUUUUGAUGGGGGUGGACGAGAAAUGUUAUUGUAAUGCUACGUUGCGGAUCUAUCUAUCAAAAAGCUAUAUAUUUAUAAAUAAAACCUAACAUCAUGUAUGUGUUAUCAAUGAGACAUCAAAAGGUUGCACCUAUGACAAAGUUAUUUGUCGUUUGUGCGUUUUGGAGGUUAGGUUUUAUAUGUAAAUCUUUGAUGGCACAUCAAAUUCAUAGCUUUUUGACGAAGUUGGUCCCGUAACAUGCGUUUCUAUAACAUUUUCUGUUUUAUCCGAGAAUCGAACCCAUUGUUUGCAUUUAUGGUGUAGCAUCACAUUUUUAUUUCAAAAUUAAAAUUUUAUUCUUUCAUAGUAUAUUUAAGUUGAGAUCUGUUUUUGCAAAUAUUCUCUGCAGCGGAUUUUCAACUUAAAUUUGGCGUUGAUAUUGUGAUGAGCGCUCUGAUUCCUUUACUAAAACCAUUAUAUUAUAUUAUACUAAGUGAGUAAUAUCAUUGAUAAAUAAAUAUAAUAACGUUAAGCGUUUGGAUACAUUCUGUAUAUCCUCGUGUACUUAGCCUAUCUACAUAUAUAUACGUAUUUUCAGUCGCUUGAGCAGCCAUUGAAAACUGAGUGAACGAAAGAAGUUCUCAUCGUUAAUGUAAUAAUCGAUUAGAUAACAGAAACUAAUCUUGUUUUGGCUGUGAAAAGAAAAUCUCUUUAUUGCAACCUAUAUAUGAAUACAUUUCUUAGUACUAAAGUAUUUAUUAGAGAGGAUAAAAAAAUUAUUAAACGAGCAUAUGUUUUUAUAUACUCAAGUUUUGCCAAAUGCUUUCCCCCGGGGCUCUCUUUAAGAAUAUUAAGGAUUGAAAAUGGAAAGUCAAUUUAAUUUUAAAUAAUUAAUCCUUUACAAUGCAAUCAAUUAUAUAAAGCAAUUUGUGCACAGACAAAGUGCAAACGAUAUAUAGGAGUUAAUGAGAAGUUACAGAAUUAGAUUGUUUUUUGCACCUGUGCAAAAUUUUGUAAACCUAAACUCGAGACCUUUACUAAAGGUCUUACUAAAUCUGUGAUAUGUCAUCUUGACUUUAUAUAAACGAGUUAACAAAACAAAAAGUGAUUUAUAAAGUUGUUAGCUUUGGUGGCAAUCGAGGACUUUGAUUGCUCAAAAAUCAUUUUCUGAAAUAUAGAUUAGUAGUUGCAUUACGAAACGUAUAUAUAUAUAAAUAUUAAAAACAAAAAUUAAAAGCAUACAAUGAUAAAUUAUUGUGAGAUUGAUGAAAGUAUCAAAUGCGCGAGAAAGACUUAACCACAUUUAUUUUGUGUAGGAGGAAAAGGAAGACUUUUAUAUGAUUUUUCCUGUUUUGUAUAUUAAUUUAUUAAUCUGAACAUAUAAUAUAAUAUGCGAUAGAAAACGAAA